UAAACGCCUCUCGCUCAGGCUCUCAACUCCUCCUCUGUCAAGCUGUGUCUGUCUCACCCCCCUUUCUUUCUCUCUCUACAGCUUCUCCAUCGCCUAUUUUCUGGUUGAAUUGCUUUGUGUGGUGACCCGCUGCCCUCUCGCUGAAUUUGGAAAUUUGUUCUUGUAAGUUACAAAAUUACUGAAGAUUGAGAAAAAUGUCUCGAAAAGGUUUAAUGGAGCAGGAUCUAAGCAAGCUGGAUGUAACAAAACUACAUCCACUCUCACCUGAAGUUAUUUCCCGCCAGGCUACGAUAAAUAUUGGCACUAUUGGUCAUGUGGCACAUGGCAAGUCAACUGUUGUGAAAGCCAUAUCUGGUGUCCAAACUGUUCGUUUUAAAAAUGAGCUGGAGCGUAAUAUUACUAUAAAGCUUGGUUAUGCCAAUGCCAAGAUAUAUAAAUGUGAGGAUGAUAAAUGCCCUCGACCCAUGUGCUAUAAGGCUUAUGGAAGUGGAAAAGAAGAUAGUCCCAUGUGUGACGUUCCUGGUUUUGAGAACUGCAGGAUGAAAUUGUUGAGACACGUCUCUUUUGUUGAUUGCCCUGGUCAUGAUAUUCUCAUGGCUACAAUGCUUAAUGGAGCAGCUAUCAUGGAUGGGGCGUUACUUCUUAUAGCCGCGAAUGAAAGUUGUCCACAACCUCAGACUUCUGAGCAUUUAGCUGCUGUUGAAAUUAUGCGGCUCCAGCAUAUAAUUAUUCUUCAAAACAAGGUUGAUCUUGUCCAGGAAAAUAUAGCCAUCAACCAGCAUGAAGCCAUUCAGAAAUUUAUACAGGGAACUGUUGCAGAUGGCGCGCCAGUCAUACCAAUUUCUGCACAGUUGAAGUACAAUAUCGAUGUUGUGGCUGAAUAUAUAGUAAAGAAGAUUCCUAUUCCAGAAAGGAACUUCAUUUCACCGCCAAAUAUGAUUGUUAUUCGAUCUUUUGAUGUCAAUAAGCCUGGUUUUGAAGUUGAUGAGAUUAAAGGUGGUGUCGCUGGUGGCAGUAUCUUGAAGGGUGUGUUGAAAGUAAACCAAUACAUUGAGGUUCGUCCUGGUAUUGUUGUAAAGGAUGAGAAUGGCAACAUCAAGUGUACCCCAAUAUAUUCCAGAAUAGUGUCAUUGUUUGCCGAACAAAAUGAACUUCAGUUUGCAGUGCCAGGAGGCCUUAUUGGAGUUGGAACCACUAUGGACCCUACAUUGACUCGUGCUGAUCGAUUGGUGGGUCAGGUUCUUGGGGAAGUUGGGUCGUUGCCUGAAGUUUUUGUUGAACUGGAGGUAAACUUCUUUCUGCUCCGGCGGCUUUUAGGCGUCCGGACAAAGGAUACUGAGAGACAGGGUAGAGUCUCAAAGCUAGCCAAGGGAGAGAUCCUUAUGUUGAACAUAGGGUCUAUGUCAACAGGGGCUCGUGUUGUUGCUGUGAAGAACGUAUUUGCAAAAUUACAACUCACAUCUCCUGUCUGCACCAGUAAAGGGGAGAAAAUUGCCCUCAGUCGCAGAAUUGAGAAGCACUGGCGUCUUAUUGGCUGGGGCCAAAUUCAGGCCGGUAUAACUCUGGACGUCCCACCCUGCCCUAUCUGAGUGAAUUAGACGAACAACCACUUACAAAGGAAAGAAGAAAGCAACGGAAAGAGUUGAAAACUACGGAUUAGAUGUGGGAGGGCAGGCAACUGCAGGGAACAGUUUUUGUUCGUUGGCGGAGAAAAGAAAAUGUUUCAGAAUUUUGGAUACUUGAUUAUUAUUAUUCUGUGCUGUUUCGGCCACUUUUUAUCUUUGUGCAAGAGUCUGUACCUUAUCUAAUUCUUUAUUAGUUGUUGCGGUGAUGAUUGGAUAUUGUUACGUAUAAGAAACCAACAUUUUGGGAGGAGCCUCGAUAUCCAAAGCAGACAAUGCUGCUGUUUGUAUCAUACCUCCCCUGUUUGACCGGUGGUCUGUGUCGUCAGCGUGUUGAUGGGAAAUGAAUGCCAAUAAUGAUAUGAUAUGGUAAAAGCAUUUUUGAUA